GUUGUUUUUCUGCAUUACAUAGAUAGCCAAUAACUGUGACUAAUGGAGGCACAUUUGGUUGUACUACGGUCCGGUUCUGCUUUGACACUGAACUAGUUAUCCGCGUUCUUGGAUUAAAAUCUAAUUAACUUUUUGAUCACUAGAAGAGAACACAUGCUUCUUCAGUUCUCGUUGGUUCCUGGAUCUAUAAUCCCACAAAAGCCUUCCAAAUUUGGGUGGACAAUGUCCUCACGGGUUUACUUCAAUGGAUUUUAACAUUUUCCAUCCCUCAGCUGCGCACGAUGCCAGACCGUUCCUUUAGUCAGGCAAAUAAUUCAGGCGAAGAAAGUCAAGUGAUCUCGAAUGCGGGUAGCUUUUGUGAACUGGAUGACCAUGUUUGUCCUUCUGAUAAUAAUCUAAGUCGCCUUUCACCACCAUCUGCUACUUUCUUAAUUCAUGGAUCAGAGAUUUCUCACCAUGCUCCUGCUCCUCCUAUCAGGUCUUCAAGUACACUGCGUAAAAAGAACAAACCUGUUUUGCCUCCAUCAAAACCUUUGCCAACUCCACCUGGGAAAGAAGAGAAAAAGAAAAAGAAAGUGAAAAUGUUCCGAUUUCCUAAAUUCGGCCGAUCAGAAAAAACUGAGCCACAAAUUUCUGGCCCUACAGAAGUUACGCAUAAUCUACACGUGGCAUUUGAUAAGUCCACAGGCGAAAUCAAGGGUCUUCCUAUUUCAUGGCAGAUGCUUUUAACAGCAUCAAAUAUAUCACGAACAGAACAAGAAAAGAAUCCAGAAAUCCUUCUUGGCGUACUACAAUGUUUUGAUGAAUCGGCUAAACAGAAAGAUAAAUAUAUGACAAAUGUGUCUGUCAUUACAAAUUCCUCUGGUUCCGUUGAAUCGAUGAAUUCCAACUCCCGCUCCUGCUCAGUUUCCUCUCAAAGUAUGCCGACUGCACCAGGUCAUUGUGACAUCAGUUAUUUACAUUCGGGUUCCUAUCCAUCUGCUGCAUUUAAUUGUACGACAUCUGCAUCUGCACCUAUUUCAGCGGAAGAAAAUAACUUAAUUAUGUCAAUGGCUGAAACUAGUUUAACAGGAAUGACAAUCAUUCCCAGUGCUUUACCGGCAACUACUCACUCUUGUGCGGGUAGCAAUAGCAGCGGUCGUGGUAGCAGUUGUACCACUAACAGUGGGAGUGUUGGUGGUCGUGGUGUAAGUGGUUGUGUUCCAAAUGGUUUGAGCGCUGCAAGCUUAGUAGAACUAACUUCUAAUCACACUCAUGGGUGUCCUUCAGGGUCUGGAAGGAGAACAAGCACAGGAGGUGCUGUAUUUUUGGGUGGUAUUAGUCCAACCCGUACAUUUGGUGGACGUGCAAGUGGUUCGACAAUUCCUGAAAUGUCUCCAGCACUUGGGAAUCAUAGAAGCACUAACAAUACAGGAGACAUCGCUCGUUCUGGGCCAGACUCCAUGAUAUCAGCGAAUUCAGGAACCCUUACAAAUGGACAACUUCUCAAUCAUAGCCGUCAUGCUAGAGAUACCAAUUUAGUUGGUGAGAAUCAUAAUGGUCAUUCAACUGUGUCUGUUCCCGCUCUUCCAAUUACAUAUGAUGUUAGUCUUGGUGAACUUAGCAGCAGUCGUAGCAGCGGUUGCUCACUAUCUUGUUCGGGCGCUAGCGGAAGUGUCAGUAUUUCUGGUUUAGCAAGUUCAGCUAGUAUGGUUGGACAUUUAUUUGGCGGUAUGAAUAGUAAUGAGAACAGUCCUACAAGUAUUCUUCCGCCUAGUAUGUUACCAUCUCAAUCACAGUUACCAUAUAACAACUGUUGUUCAUUUGUCUCCUAUCCACCACCAUCAUCACCACCGCCUGUUCCACCUCAUGCAACUACUGUCGUAUUAAGAAAUUUAGAUUUUUCUGAAAGUAGUACAAAUAAUUGUGAAAUUAGUAGUGUUAAAGAAGAAGGUACUCUACGACAUACAUCUUCAUUUCAAAAUACAAUCCCUGAAUCAUCUACAUGUUUGCCAUUUCAAGGAGAUCGAUCAGUUCCUGAAUCUUGUAUAAUGGUCGGAGAAUCUUCCGAUGAAGAAGAAGAGGAUGAGGAUAUUGAUGAUGAAGAUCACGAACAAGAAGAGUACGACGAAGAAGAAGGUGAGGAGUUAGGUGAAGAUGAAGAAGAAAGCGAGAAUGAACAAAGUGAACUGAGCAAUAAUGAAAUAACUACAUCUCAGGCUACUGUUGAAUGGAUGACAAGCAGUGGAACUUGUAGUAAUCUACCUACUCCAAUGACUAUGUCCAAGGGAUCUGAAAAUGGUGUUACCAGUGAAGCUUUUGAUAAUCGGAAUGGUGUACUUACUUCAAACAAAACAACUUCAUCGACAAAUAGUGAGAAUAUACCGAAUUCGGUCAGUACUGGUAAAGAUAGUGGGACGUCGAAGAUCAUCCAGUCAUCAACCUCCGAUAGAAAUGUUCCGCCAGCUGUUCCAGUCAAACCACAGGGUUUAACACAUGUGUUUCGCACACAACAACAAACUAAAAUAAACCAAUCUCCUCAUUUCUUCCCACAUCAACCGCUUGCUAAUAAAAUAGAUUCCAGUAAUACUGCUACGAUUGCAACAACAACUACCACUUCUGCUGCUGCCGCCGUCGCUACUGAAGACGUAGCCAAAUCGACUACACCUAAUGCACCUAGGCGUCGUACUGGUAAUCAUCGAUUAACAGAUCAGCAGGUACACGAUAAAUUAAGAGCUAUUGUAAGCAAAGGUGAUCCAUAUAAAAAAUAUCGUAUGGUAGAUAAAAUUGGUCAAGGGGCAUCUGGUGUGGUAUAUAGUGGAUAUGAGAUUGCUACUGGCAGUCUAGUGGCUAUUAAACAAAUGAAUUUAGCUCAACAGCCUAAAAAAGAACUAAUCAUUAAUGAAAUUUUGGUUAUGAAGGCUAAUCGUCAAGCAAAUAUUGUAAAUUAUCUAGACAGUUAUUUAGUGUCCACUUCAGUCUCCACCAAUAUGGAUCAUCAUCAGCAGUACAUGAACGGUUCAAAUCACAAGUACCAACAAUCAACUCAAAAGAAUGAUAGCCUCAAUUCAUCAACAAUUAGUUCAGGGAAUUCAUCUAAAGGUGAAGAACUAUGGGUUGUCAUGGAGUAUUUAGAUGGUGGCUCACUGACCGAUGUUGUCACCGAGACGUGUAUGGAAGAAGGACAUAUUGCUUCAAUAUGCCGAGAGAUACUACAUGCCCUUGAAUUUCUUCACGCGAAUCGCGUCAUUCAUCGUGAUAUCAAAUCAGAUAAUAUUCUUCUUGGAAUGGAUGGAUCUGUAAAACUGACAGACUUUGGUUUUUGUGCACAAUUAAGCAAUGAUGGAACCAAACGUUCAACUAUGGUUGGCACACCGUAUUGGAUGGCACCUGAAGUUGUUUUACGUAAACAAUACGGUCCAAAGGUGGAUAUAUGGUCAUUAGGAAUUAUGGCCAUUGAAAUGGUAGAUGGUGAACCACCCUAUCUAAAUGAAAAUCCCGUUCGAGCAUUGUAUCUUAUCGCUACCAAUGGUAAACCGGAAAUUAAAGAGCGUGAUCGUUUAUCAAGCACAUUUCUUAAUUUCCUUGAUCGUUGCCUAGAAGUAGAUGUAGAACAAAGAGCCACGGCGAUUGAAUUAUUACAAAUAUUACCGCAAAUCCCAGGUUGCUCAAAGAAUCAUUCAGCACAAUAGGACGAUAAUCCUUCACUUUAUUGAAUUAAUUAUGGGCUCGUUAUUUCUCAUGCUGAUAAUCUCUCUGUGUAUCCUGAUAUUACCUACCACAAUGCUUGAGAAAAACACAUUAGUUUUGCCCAUUUUUAAUAUAAAUUUCUCAUAUUUUAAGACAUUAAUAACUUCUUUUGUUUUGAAGACAUAUUCCUUUAUAAUUGUGUUUUCUUGUUUUACAUCUCCUUUCACAGCAUCCAUUCAUAUGCCGAUGUUCUAAACCAUUGAGUUCAUUGAUUCCGCUGAUCAAUUUAGCCAGAGAACAGAAAUAAUCUAACCCUCAAAUCCCAAUCUUCAAUAUAGAAUAAAGAAAACCAAUUAAUUUUUGUAUAUUGUUUCUUAAAAAAUUUCUCUUCCUUAUAUCUGUUUAUUCUGUAAUCACAAUUCAAUAUUACUCUCUAUACAUGCAUAUAAUAGUAACAACAAUGAUUUAUAUUAUAUAAAACAUGUACCCUUAAAAAGUAGUAAUAAUAAUAAUAUUCAUAGACUCUGGCUAUCAAUAAUACUAAUGAUGAAAUCCAAUUUACUCAUUUAGGUUCUAUUUACAUUUAAAUAUUCACCUUUCAAUUAUUGUAUUACAUUUAAAAUCAUAGUAAUUUUUCCUCUUCUGUUUCCUUCUUUCUUUUUUAACACUCACACACACACACACAAAUAGUACAGCCAUUCACUAGAUUGUACAUUACAGUAUUUAAUCAUAAUACUCAUUAUGUUUGUUUUAUUAUUAUUAAACUUAAUGCCGCUUACUCGUGUUUGUUGUUAUUGUUUUGUAAGCUUUCGCAUUCACUUUUUCUUUCUAUUCUAAUAUCAAUUUGUUUAUAAAUCAAAUUAGCAACAAGUGUAAUAUAAUAAUAAUCGUAAUAAUAAUAAUACUACACUUAGGAAUCACAAUGAAUUACAUAAUAAUUUCAUUUUUGAUUAAUAAAUCAUUCAAUUGAAUUAAUGUGAACAUUCAUAAACAGCCAUUGAUCUUUAUUCUUAAAUUUUACAGUUAUAUAAGUAUUCAGUGAGGGUUUUAAAACACAACUAUUCACUGUCUUUAUACUCACUCACUCACUCGCUGUUCAUCUUCUCGUUAGUUGUCAAGUCUGAUUUUUAUUGCUCACAUUAUUAGACAAAUAAUGGUUCUUUUUUUCUUUCAUUUUCCGCCAAAUAUGUUUAUAUACAUGAUUUUGUAGGGUAUUACAUUUUGAGUAUGUUUUUUAUUGCUUAUUCUCAAUUUCAUUUGUACACAAUAUAUCUGAUUUGUCUGGGUUGACUGGCCAGAAAAAAAAAUGAGAAAAGAACAUUUUGAAAAGCAAACAUUAGGUUAUGAAUACUUAAGCGCCUUUUUUUCUCUUCAAGUAACAAUAGUAUGUUUCAUUUAGAAUUAUUUUUCACUGAUUAAACUGAAAUGAAGAAUACACUUCUAUAUGCAACAUUUAGUCAGUAAGGAUUAUCUUGUUACAUUGAUUAUAUAUGUGUUAGAGUAUGUUAAUAUUUACGUGUUUUGUUGUGUCCAAACCUUCAUACAUGCAUACUUUAUUCUCAUAAUUUACCAUUCCGAGUAUCUCACUGAUUUUCAAGGGAUAUUUAUCAUACAUACAGUGAAUGAUUAAAAACAUACAAACAACUGAUUUACUGCUAAUGAUUUAUCUUCAAAAUUAUCUGCAUUUUUAUUGUGUACAUCUGUGUGCAUGUGUCUGUGUAUUGCCCUUGUCUAUUGUAUACUCUUAGACAUUUACUUUACUCCAUAAACAUGUUGUUUUCAUCAAUUUUCUCCUUUUUUAUGUUGAUUUAUUCCAGGAUAGUUAUUAAGUCUAUAUGAAUAUGGUCAAUAUACUCCAUGUGUGUAUAUGGAGUGUUUCAUUAUUUAUUACGCAACCACUUCAUUAUAAAUAAUCUCGUUUCCCGGUUUAGCUAUUUAUAUUUAAUUAACUACUCAAGUGGAUUGGAGGUGUGAGUGUAUAUCGUUAACACCUGUACCAUCAGCAAACCUAGUCUUUAUGAAUUAAUGCAAAGAGUUAUAUUCACCAUUCUCAAAUUUUUUUUAACUCUUAUCUUCUGUCAUAAUGAAUGAGACAAUAAACAGUUGAAUAAGAAUUUAUCUUCUUAAAAAUCAUCGGCGUCAUAGUUCUGGUCAAUUACUAUUAUCAUUCACAUCAUCAUUAUUUGUAAAGUCAGUCACUUAACACUGUUGCAUUGAAAGUUUACCUUUAAUUGUGUUCCUACCUGGGUUUUUUUCAUCCGUCUACACUUGCUCAUUUUCAUUAUAAACAUCUAUAUGUAUUGUUGACAUACAGAGAAUCUUUGUAUUGUUUUGUCAUAAUUCUUCAUAAUAAAGCUUAUGCUGCCUUCUUUUCAUUUCGUUUUUUCCGCAUGCUUGCUUUAUUAUGUCGCUGUAUACACCGCAGUAUCUUCUCCAUAUAAAUAAUACAUUUGAUUAAUACAAUUUUUCAUGCUAAGUUUUGUUUUAUGUACUUUCUUUUUGCCUUACUUAUUCUGCUUUGGUUAAUAUAAUGGUUAUUGUUGCUUGAAUACGUGUAUUUGUUGCCGAUAAGCUCACGAAAUGUUUUUCCUCCUUUCUUUUACUAUUCAUUCUCGGACUCAUCAUUCUACAUAUGUACAUGUGUGUGUUGGCAUAUGUCACAUUCUAUUUCAUAUUGGCGAUAGUAGUAGUAAUGAUUGUUUUUAUUUUUUAACUUAGAUUUCUUUAUUUUUUGGGAGGGAGAAAGAUUAUCAAUAACUAGUCGCUUUUCAUUAUGCAUCAUUGUACACUUCUUUCUACCAUGUACUUAUUUACUUGUUUCAACUGAAGGUCGUUGUUUUCUGCUGCGAGUGUUGUCACUACAUCGUUUACCUACUACCAAGUGUAAGUAUUAUGACACUGACAGCUUCUACUUUGUAAUCGUGUUUUUUAUUUUUUUUCUUCAAUUUACCAUUUGUUGUUUACUCUUCGAAAUGACACAAAUUAUAUCUACAAAAUACCUUUUUAAAAAACUUACUGGUAUUGUUUUAUUUUUAGCCUUAAUUAUCCAUGAAUAUACAUGUUCUUUGUUCACAGGCAAAAAAUGAGUUUAUGCCACCUGUUUUUUGAUCAAACGAGAUUCAUUCAGUGUUAUGUGGAAAAGACCUUAAUAAUAAACCAAUUUAAUAAUGAUUGUAUUCAUGGCAUAAAUAAUAGUGAAAGUAUCUACGUAAAAAGUGU